GAACGUAUGUGUGAUUGAUUUUUUGUGAAAUCGCAAACACUAAACUGUAAUAUUUAUUUUUCGUUUAUAUGUACAUAUAUAUAUAUAUAUAUAUAUAUAUAUAUUUAUAUUACCAAAGAUAAAUGAAAAAAAAAAAUGUUAUUACAUGUGUUUUUCAAAAAAUAAUUGAUAAACAUACUUUUUUUCUAAUGUCAGUGUUUUCAUAAAUAAUAUUUAUUUUAUUAAGAAUGUAUAAUUAAUAUAAUAGUGAAAUAAGUAUAAAUGACAGAAGCACAACAUUCCCUGGAAAUAAUAAAUAAUUAUCAAGGAAUUUAAAAUAUAUUUUGAAAGAAAGAAAAAUUUUUUUUUUAAUUACAAAAAAAUAUAUCUUUUUUUUUUUUUUGUUAUCAUGAGUGAAAAAAAGGAUCACAAGUGUGUUUUAUGCAGUGCAAAAUUAGACUCAAAAGAAGCACUUCAGGAGCAUUUUAGAAAACAUGCAAAUAAAGAAAUAGAUCAUCGUGGUAAGCCAACGUCAGCAGAAACAAAUGCCGAUGCAAAAUGUGAUCUUUGUGGAAAAACAUUCGAAACAGUAACGUCAACAAUUAGACAUAGAUUUAAAAUGCAUCCAAAUGCACCGGAAAAAUUUUAUUGUCCCUAUUGUGGAAUGCAAUUUCCCAUUAAGAAUUUACGUGACAGUCAUUUGAGUUCACAUGAAUCGGAGAAAAUUGACGAAGGUCAAUAUAAAAAAUGUAAUGAUUGCGAUGAAUUAUUUUUCAAUCCAAAAGCAUUGCAGUAUCAUUAUAGUUCAGUUCAUAAAAGAAUAAUUAAUAUGUUUCAACCAGUUGCAACGCCUCCGCCGAGUAAUAAAAUUAAAUUAAAUUCAUUGAAUGAAGCAAUGAGCGUUUAUUAUUGUCAUUUGUGUGGUGCUGAAUAUAUGAUAAAAUUCAAUUUACAACAACAUUUGGAAAAAAAUCACACGCAGGAAGAAAGAGAAGCUGUUCCAGAAAAUUUAAUAAAAUGUACAAUGUGCGCGGCUCUAUUUUGUAGUAAAAAAGCAUAUGACGUUCACAAUACUUAUCAUCAACCAGAUGAUUUGUAUGUUACAUCGGAGGAGCAAAGAUUACAAACAAUUGCUAAAGUUGAUCAGGAUUUUGAUAUAAGACGAGUGGAACCUGUCGCCGAGAAAUAUCUUCCAAAAGUCAAUUCAUCCAAAGGAUCAAAACGACCUGCUGUUAAAUGGCCAAAGACAAAAAAAACACAAAAACUUAUUGUAAAAAAAGGAGCAAAGAAAAAAGAUUUUGUGCCAAUUGAUGAGGAAUCAUUUUCAAAUUCAAGUGUUUCGGAAAAUGAAAAUUUAGAAUAAAUCCUCGUUAAGUGUUAUCAUUGAAUGAGUGUAAUCAUAAUAAUGAUAAUAAUAAUUAUUAUUAUUAAAUGAAAGUAUAGAGACUGGAAAAAAGUCAAAAAAAAAACAAAAAAAAAAUGGACGAUAUCUUAAAAAAAAGGAUGGAAAAUUUGAUAUAAGUUAUAUAUAUAUAUAUAUACAUAUAAGAAAUUCUUAUUGAUGUAAAGAAAUUUAACAAUAUAUAUGUAUAAAUAAGUAUUGUAGAUACGCCAUUUUUAAAUUUUUUCGUAAUAUAAAGUGUAAAAGUUAAUUAAA